AUGUUUCAAUGGACGACCGCGGUGGCACAGCCACACUACCACCUGCGCGUCUGCCCCAACACCGAGACUAAGUAUGUUGUUGAUGAGCGGAGGUGCGACACACGUGGCAGAGCGUGGCCUUUUCUUUCUGGCCGUCAAGAAACAAUUUCGAGCAGUCAGUCAGCCGAUUCUACCAUGAGUCACAACGAAAAUUUAGGCAUUUCCAGUGCGGCCGCAAACAUGCAUCCGACUGUGUUUUACAACGUCUACACAUCACCAGAUGCGAUCCAGUAUGAUCCGGGAGUUGCGCUAAAGGAAGGCCUGGGCAUGGUCAGUGCCAUUGCAGGUCACAUUCAGAAGCUCGAAAUUGCAAGUCAGCUUCGCAAAGAUGUAUGGCGUAGGGAAAUUCAGAGUCUCCAGAACCAAGAGGGUCCUACAACAAUGAUUGCUGUAUGUGGAGCUACUGGUGCUGGAAAAUCAUCUAGCUUGAAUGCUCUUCUCGAUGAUAACAUUGUCCCGACAAAUGGAAUGAGGGCCUGCACAUCCGUAGUUACUGAAAUUAGUUACCAUGCAAAGCAUACCAUUGAUGCUGAUGUUUCUUUCCUCUCCGAGACAGAGUGGAGAGAGGAACUCAUUGUCCUUCAGCAUGAUAUGGUGGACGAAUAUGGUAAACUGAAGAGAAGUACUGAUUUGUGCACUGAGGCUCAGAGCGUUGCUUGGUCAAAGGUGCAUGCUGUGUAUCCAUCCAUCAUUCCGGAGCAGUUCGUGAACGUGGCGAUUGAUGAAAUCAUCUCUUUUGACCCAAUAAUCAAGAAGAUCAUGGGGUCAAGCAAGCAUAUUACUGCAAAGGAUUCUGAAACUUUCGGCAAAAAGAUUGCAAAGUAUAUCGACUCCAAACGUGGCGAUGUAGAGAAGAAAUCAAACAACAAUACGGACAAGGACAAGGGGAAAGAAAGGAGCCUGGCGCACAAGGACCUGACAGCCACCAGCCUUGCUAGUAAUAUUGCUCUCUGGCCCCUCAUCAGGAGUGUCAAAAUUCGCUGCCGGUCUCCCGCACUUUCGACGGGUGCAAUCUUUGUUGACUUGCCCGGUGUCGCUGAUUCAAAUGCAGCGAGAAACAACAUUGCAAAGGAUUACAUGAAGAAAUGUAACUGUGUAUGGAUUCUCGCACCCAUCACCCGGGCGGUAGAUGACAAGACAGCUAGAGACCUUAUGGGCAAUGCAUUCAAGGCGCAAUUGAUGAUGGGUGAGUGGCUGUGUGUGCGGUUGUUAGGUUUCUCUUACAUUUCAUCCACAUGUGCAUUCUCUCAGACGGAAAGUGACUAUGAUGCAAGUGCCAUUAGUUUCAUCGCUACUAAAUGCGAUGAUAUCUCCUGCUCGGAGAUUAUUUCCUCCUUGAACCUUGAUGAUGAUGCCGAGCUACUUGAGAUAGAGAGACAGAUAAGCCAAUGCAAAGAAGAUGCUGCUGAAUGGACAGACAAGAAGGCAGAUGCCGAGACCACAACUAAAGGCAUUAACACCCAUCAGAACCAAGCUUGUGCAUGUCUUGCAGAACUCCACGAGCAUCUGAGGGCACUGAAGGAAGGCAGGAUUUUUGUUCCUGUUCUCACCAGCACUACCAUGGUAAAGACCUCCUCUGAAACACUGAUGAAACGGAAGAACACCCGAGGCGAGAAGAAAGAUACCCGGAAGAAACGCAGGACCGAUAGAGAUGAACCCCGCGAGGACGAUCCACUAGUCAUAGAUGAGAAUGAAGACGUGCUCACUUCCUCUGACGCCGAUAGCGAUGAGCAAUCCAACGAUGACAAUGAUAGCUCUCACACCUCUGGUUAUGAACUGGGUUCUCACUCAAGGAUUCAGAAGGACGAAAAUGAAAAGCUCGAUGAGGUCACGGUUGAAACGCUGCAGGCGAAGAUUCAGGAUAUGGAAGAUGCUAUCCAACAGGAACAACGUCGGUUACUGGAGUCCUACAAGCAGGAGAAGGAAAUUGGUGAAGAGCUUGCCAAUAUCAAGGAGAAACAGCUCAAAGCUCAGAGACAGAAGAAUGCCUUCUGUUCCUUGAAGCGCUCUAAGUUCUCCCGCAAUGUUUUAAAGGAAGACUUCCGUACGGGACUGAAGGAUCUAGACGAUGCCGCUGCCGAGGAGCGUGAUUCGGACAGCUUUGGUCCCAGUGUCAACCUACGCAACUAUGAUGAGAUUGAUCUUCCUGUCUUCAUGUGCUCCGCAAGAGACUAUGUUCGGUUGAAAAGCCAAGUCAGGGGCGACGGAGAGCCUACAUGUUUCUCGAAGUUAGAUGACACAGGUAUCCCGGAACUGCAGGAGUGGUGCCACCAACUCACGGUUUCCUCCCGCGAACGUGCCGCGCGUAAUUUCCUCGCGCACCUACGGACCUUCGUCGAUUCUGUACGGACAUAUGUGCAGGAUAUUGGCGAUGUGACAACGAAUGAUCGUGAGGCUAUGCGCGCAAAGUGGGAAUCCACCCCAGCGCUGCGGUUGCGUCGCUCCACCCCGGCACUACGCGUGCGGCGCUCCACACGCGAACUCUCCAGGAGAAGCGCAUCCGCAAGUAUGAGCCCCGUAGCUGAUGAAAAUUAUGGUUGGAGCGAUGAUUCAUAUCACGAGUUGUCUACGGAUGAUGAACACACCGAGACCAUCAAGCAGAAGGCUGGAAAUGCAGUCGGUGUGACACCCCGUCUCGUAAAGGACUUUGAAGUUGUUGUUGAUUCCUGUGUGGAAGAACUGAAGGCGCGCUUCCGUGAGAGUCUGGAAAGAAAGUGCACGGCUGGCGCUGCCAAGGCUGCCAAGGCCGCUAUUACCACUUCAGAUGCCUUUGCAGCGUCAAUGCACUGGCGCACUUACCGUGCCGUUCUGUGCCGGAACGGGUCGUGGCGCCAGGACCUCAACAUUGAGUUAUCUAACCCGCUCACUAGGAGGAUUGCGACUUCGUGGUGCAAGGUAUUCGAGGCAGACCUCUUUGAGCAAUUCGAGAAGACCACAAUGGAUGCAAUCAAGAAGGUCCUCGGGGAGAUCGAAGACUGCACAGCUGGUGGUCUCAAAGAACAUGCACGAAAGCAGGCUGCAUUGAGCCUCAAAGACGCACGGUUCGCACUGCGGAGGACACUAGAUGUGGUGCGCAACAGAAUGAAAAAGCAGCAGAAAGAAGCCAGCCGCUCUUUCGCGCCGGAGGUGAAGACUAAGCUCUACGAUGGGUACCGUGCCGCAAUGGAGGAAUCGGGUGAGGGCAGUGUCGCACGCCAGAAGACUGUUUUCCGGAAUUUCUUGGCAAGCGUGAAAAAUCAAAUAUUUAAGGAUGCAGCAACCGUGCUUCUAGAUAGUCUCGAUGCUGCGGCAUAUGCGGUAGGCUCUGCAUUGAGCAAAUCAUUGGUGUUGCUCGCACAGAAGAUUGAGGUUAGUGUCGCGGUGCUCUGGGAGCACCCACUGGAUGACCCACCUCAGGUGAGGGCACGCACUGAGGUGGUUGCAGCCAUCACAGAGAUUAUAGAGCAAGUGCAGAUGUGGAUGGAGGCCGAGCAAAAUAGGUAA